AUGAUUCCAGCGCUGCGGGAUGAUCCUAAUCGGAAGAAGCGCAUUGUGGGCCUGAUCGAUCACCACGCGCUCGCCGAGUCCAUGGCCUCUGAGAAGCCCCUUUUCAUGGAUGUCCGACCGUGGGGGUCCAUGAGCAGCAUCAUUGCUCAUUCCUUCAUCCGAGGAAAUCGCAUGAUCCCAAAGCCCAUCGCGCGAAUUCUGCUGUCUGCCAUCUUGUCCGACACGCUGAACCUGCAGAGCGUGACCACCACCAACGCAGAUCGCUUCGUCGUAACAGUGCUUUGCCUCCUGGGCGAGUGCGAAGAUCCAGAUGAACUUGCUCGGUGCAUGUUUCGGGCGAAGACGGAGUGGAUCGUUGGACUUGGCGCCUAUGAGAUGACGAGAGGUGACCAAAAGGACUUCACGGCCAAGGGAUGGAAGGUCGGCAUCGCAGUCCUCGAGGUUACAGAUCCUGAUCCAGUGCUGAAGGUUGCGGAGGAGCUUCUGAUGGAAUUGCGGAUCUUAAAGGUCGAGAAGGGAGCGCUGAAGGAUGGCACGCACGACCGCCGCAAGGAGCUUGACUUUGCCUACCUCUUUGUUGUGGACGUGACAAGGCAGCAGUCAAUCCUUCUCGUGGCUGGUGGUCGUGAGCUGGCUCUAGCGAAAGCUGCCUUUCCUGGCAAGGAGACUAGGGAGGCCAAGCCAGGCAUCCGGGCACCUGGCGCUACCAUAAAGGCCAACGAGACGCUGAUGGACGUGGGAGGCAUUGUCUCUCGCAAAGCGCAGUUCGUGCCGGCCUUCCUCUCCGCCCUCAACGAAGGCUUCACCUGCCACAAGCAGCCGAACAGCACCAUCCCCGCAGAGCUUGCAGGUACCAAAGAAGAGGAUGAGGUGCAUGCAGCCAUUGAUGCGAUGCAGAAGGACAGCUAUCACGACUCCGUGACGGUGGUCCGGGACUACACCCGUUACAGGAGCGCGUUGGAUGGCGAGAUCAAGGCGAAUGAGCAGAACAACCAGUGA